CUCCUCCUCCUCAACAACACCGUGGGGCGUGGAACUUUAAAUUUCAUUCUGAACGUUAAAAUGCUCGAAUAUAUCGUACAACGUUUCUUUUCAGUUCAAACGCCAAACGCGCAAGAUGACUACAUACACAGACAAAGGUGAAAAGCACGACAAUGCCAAGUUCAUCUGUUUCGACCACAUCACAUUCUGGGUUGGAAAUGCCAAACAGGCCGCAUCUUACUAUUGUAACAAGCUUGGAUUUGAACCGUUGGCCUACCAGGGUUUAGAGACUGGCUGUCGUGAUGUGGUGUCACAUGUGGUCAAACAAGGCAAGAUUAUUUAUGUAUUUGUCUCAGCCCUCAAUCCUGGAAACAAAGAAAUGGGAGAGCAUUUGGUCAAGCAUGGGGAUGGAGCUAAGGACAUUGCAUUCACUGUGGAGAACUGUGAUAACCUUGUGCAGAAAGCCAGAGAGCGUGGUGCCAUCAUAGUGAAAGAGCCUUAUGUACUGGAAGACAAAAAUGGCUGGGUAAAAUUAGCUGUUCUCCAGACGUAUGGGGACACCACACACACAUUUGUGGAGAGGACAGCCUACAAUGGGUUAUUUCUCCCAGGUUUCCGUCCUCCUCUUCACAGGGACCCUCUUUUGGCCAAGCUACCCAGUGGAUUGCUGGACUUCAUUGACCAUGUUGUAGGGAACCAGCCGGACGAUGAAAUGGUGCCUGUGGUGGAAUGGUACCAGAAGAACCUGCUCUUCCACCGCUUCUGGUCAGUAGAUGACAAGCAGCUGCAGACAGACUUUAGUGCACUUCGCUCCAUUGUUGUGGCCAAUUACGAAGAGACAGUGAAAAUGCCCAUUAAUGAGCCAGCCAUGGGAAAACGCAAGUCCCAGAUCCAGGAGUAUGUGGAGUACUAUGGUGGACCAGGAGUCCAGCACAUCGCCAUGAACACCUCAGACAUCAUCACCUCGAUCCGUCACCUGAAGGAGCGCGGCAUGGAGUUCAUGUGUGUGCCAGAUACCUACUACCAGAUGCUGAAAAAGAAACUCCAACACUCCCAGGUCAGGGUCACUGAGGACCUGGACAUCCUAGAGGAGCUGAAGAUCUUAGUGGAUUUUGAUGACAAUGGCUACCUGCUCCAGAUCUUCACCAAACCUGUUCAGGACCGUCCCACUGUGUUCCUGGAGGUCAUUCAGAGACAUAACCAUCAGGGCUUUGGUGCAGGAAACUUCAAGGCACUUUUCGAGGCCAUCGAGGCAGACCAGAAUGCUAGAGGGAACUUAACUAUCCUGUCCCCUAACGGAGAAUCUAACCAUAUUUGAAGUAAACCCCUUGAUUUAUGUAAUGUUCAUCUUUUAAGUUUUACAUUUUCAUUUUUCAAUAUUUAAAAUAAUUUGUUAAACUUUUUGGUAAGAAAUUUCAAUCAGAGAACCAGAACAAUGUUUAAUUACUUUGAAUGAUGAAGUGCUGCUCUGUGUACACACCCAACAAACUGAAAUAAUGGUGGGCAUGUCUUGUGAAGUCAAAUUGUGAAUUAUAUAGAAAUGCUUAAAGAAACAUGCACAAACUUAUUUGAUGACAAAUUAAAAUGUGUUUUAAGGUAAAACAAAAUUUUUGCCUUGUGGCUGGUAAAAAAAAAAAUGGUGUAAAAAGGAACAGCAACAUUGUGAGAUUUGAGACAACUUGGUGUUUAAAUCUACUACUAACUAGAGUUGGAUGACAUUAUAGAAAAUAACUAUGUAGUCUUAGCUUAAUUUUGUCUUAUUUGUUUUAUCUCUCUAAAAGACAUCCAUAUUCAAGUGAAAGGUGAGAAAACAAUACUGACACCCAAUAACCAGAUUACGGUAUGACUCAGUAAGACAUACAAUAACCACAGUACUGUAUAUGACUUAAUGAGUCAUACUAUAACCACAGUACUGUAUAUGACUUAAUGAGUCAUACUAUGACCACAGUACUGUAUAUGACUUAAUAAGACACUAUCACAACGCACAAACUGUCAGUUUACUACUGUAUCAUUUCUUAUAGCUGAAAAGCCAUUUUUACACAUUCCUCACCACUUUAACUCAUAUUUCUUUUUAUAACCUUCUUUAUUUUGGUUACUUUCAGCAUUUAUUUCUAAGAGCAUUUAAUAAAAAAUACAACUGC